CGGAAAUUUGGACACCACAGCGUUUCUUCACAACGAUGUUUCAUUUCAAGACUUUAAAUGACGGUAGUACUGCAGUAUAACCUUUUCCAGAGUCUAAUUCAUUGACUCGCACUACAGUCAGUGAACGCGUUUACACAGUGUAGCGUGUGCAAAUAUUCUGUUCACAAUGAAAAAGACAAGGACUUACAGCUUUUUGUCAGUGUUCUCUUUCUUCGUCGUUUGUGCAUUCGUGUUUACAUUUUUGUUUUUUGUGUUUUACUCAAUGUGGUACGCACCGUAAGUAAGCUCAGCCACCUUUUAUUGCCCCCCCCAAAGAAAAAAAAACCUCAGUUGCUGUCAAGAAAUACCCAUGGUGCACCGCUCCGUGAGGGCUUGUGCAAUCACGUGAUCAAGGCAACGCGGAAGUAAGGAUCUUCCAACCAUCCACAGUCUUGAUGGCGGCGUCCACCUCUGCAGACCUCAAGCUGCAGUUUGCACCUUUCAGCAGUGCGCUGGAGGCAGGCUUCUGGCAUCAACUCACGCAGAGGAAACUCAAUGACUACAGGCUGGACGAGAGCCCCAAAUGCAUCAAAGGAUACUACUACAAUGGUGAUCCAGUUGGUUUGCCCACCCGUCUGACCUUGGAGUUCCGUGCAUUUGAUGUAGAUGGCUCAGCCCCGGCCCAUUGCUGCGGGGCUGUUGGAAAACUGUACAACACCAACACACUUGAUGCCUUUAAGAGCACUGACAAGAAGGCUCUCCUGGACAAAGAGUCCAAAGAGCUUUGGGAUGCCAUGCGGUCCGGAGAUGCGCUCACAGACCCAAGCGUCCUCUGUAGGUUUAUUCUGCUGACCUUUGCGGAUUUAAAGAAGUAUCAUUUCUACUACUGGUUCUGCUUCCCUGCUCUCUGUUUCCCAGAAGGGAUAAAGAUCCUAAAGAAGCCUUCUGUUCUGGAAACGGUUUUCACAGCAAAACAGAUCGCAGCCUUGCAGGAGGCCUAUGAUGGCCUGUGCAUCAAAGGCGGAACCACUUCAGUUCCCUAUUUCCUCAUGAAGUACACAGAUGAUGCCGUUCAGUUAGCCGCAUUAGCAAAGUGGGCGACGUUCUUUCCCGGUGAUCAAAAGGUCACCGUGGGUGUGUAUGAUCCGUGUACUCUGUCUCAACAUCCAGGAUGGCCUUUGAGAAAUCUACUGGUCCUCUUGGCCAGCCAGCGGGAUGCAAAGGCGGACACGGUGGAGGUGCUAUGUUUCAGGGACCGAACCCUGCAGGGAAGCCGUUCCAUUCAGCAUAGUGUCAUUUUUCAGGUCAAACUACCUGAACUCCCAUUGGACUUAGCUUGUCCAAAGAGUGUCGGUUGGGAGAAGAAUGCCAAGGGGGUGAUGGGACCCCGAAUGGUCAACCUCAGUGAAUGCAUGGACCCCAAGAGGCUUGCAGAGUCAUCGGUCGAUCUUAACCUGAAACUGAUGCGAUGGAGACUAGUCCCUUCACUGGACCUGGACAAGGUGGUCAGCACCAAAUGUCUUCUGCUGGGAGCUGGGACCCUGGGCUGCAAUGUGGCGAGAACUCUGAUGGGAUGGGGAGUGAGACACAUCACCUUUGUGGACAAUGCAAAGAUCUCCUACUCCAAUCCGGUGCGGCAGCCUCUUUAUGAGUUUGAAGACUGUCUCGGGGGAGGGAAAGCCAAAGCCAUCGCCGCUGUUGACCGACUUACCAAAAUUUUUCCUGGUGUGAACGCAGAGGGCUUCAACAUGAGCAUUCCCAUGCCGGGCCACCCGGUGAAUUUCUCCCAAGGCACUCUGGCCCAGGCUCAGAGAGACGUGGAGCAGCUGGAGAAGCUCAUCUCAGAACAUGAUGUGGUCUUCUUACUAAUGGACACAAGAGAGAGCCGCUGGCUGCCCACCGUGAUUGCGGGUAGUAAGAGGAAGUUGGUGAUCAACGCUGCUCUGGGCUUCGACACAUUUGUGGUCAUGCGCCAUGGCCUGAAGAAAGCCAGACAAAAUGCAUGCGGUGACGUAGACUCCUCCCCUUCCUGUUCAUCUGGAUCCUCUUCCUCCUCCACGCCAUCCGGCUCGGGGUCCUCUAUGUUCUCAAACAUUCCUGGACACAAGCUAGGCUGCUAUUUCUGCAACGACGUUGUGGCACCGGGAGAUUCAACUCGGGAUCGGACUCUGGACCAACAGUGCACUGUAAGCCGACCGGGCCUGGCCAUGAUUGCUGGCGCCUUGGCUGUAGAGAUGAUGGUGUCUAUUCUGCAGCACAGUGAAGGAGGUUAUGCAGUGGCCAGCAGCAGCGAUGACCGAAUGAACGAACCUCCCACAUCACUUGGCCUCGUUCCACAUCAGAUCCGCGGCUUCCUCUCCAGGUUCGACAACGUCUUGCCUGCCAGCCUGGCCUUUGACAAGUGCACCGCAUGCUCGCCCAUUGUCCUGGACCAUUAUGACAAGGAAGGCUUCCACUUCCUGUCCAAGGUGUUUAACUCUUCACACUCCUUCCUGGAGGAUCUAACAGGAUUGACAUUGUUACAUCAGGAAACCCAGGCAGCAGAGAUUUGGGACAUGAGUGAUGACGAGAGCAUCUGAGGACGCACAAAUCCUGAAAAGAGGACCGUCACAAAUCUCUUUGGACUCACUCACUUGGAAGACUUUUGAGGUGAAAAGGACCAAAACAGGCAGGUUCUGACAAGUUUCCACCAAGUUAUUAACCUUGAAUGUAACACAUCUGUGUUUAGUGAAUCGGUAAUAUUUACACAUUGCACAUUCACUUUUGUUUCAUUUUGUGGAAAACAACACGUCUAAGACACAUUAUGUCUGUCUGUAGUCAUCAGCAACUAAAUGGUGUGUGUUACUCUAUCAUGCUACUUCUGUACUUAUCUUAGUACACACCAUGGAUUUAUUUCUCAAAAAACCUUUACACUGGAUCUCAUUUGAGUUGAUCAGUGUGUAUAAAUAUUUCAGCAAAACCUUUUGUGCACGCUCAUCCCUUCAGAGAAAAUCAGCAGUCAGCCAAGCAGUGAUUUAAAAGCACUUUAUUGUUCAUUGAGGCUACUUUACGUACAAAAAAGGUGGCCUGCCAAAACCUUUUUAGUAGGAGACACAGAGCCACAAAUUGUGUGUAUAUAUAUAUUUAUAUUUUUUUCUUACAUUUGCAAGAGUGAUCCUAGCAGUAAACUACAUGCUACUUGUACAAAAAAAAAAAAAAAAAAGACCC